GGCUAUGUUCCUUUUCAUUGCCUUUUGAUAGGUCCAACCUCAACAGCUCACAGCUCAGAGGAGUAAACUUCAUUAUGAUAGGAAGAUUAAAGUCAUUCUAUCACGACAUUAUUUCGAAGAGUGUAGCAUAAUGAUGGCAAUUCCGGGCAGUGAAGGGUCAGAUCUUCCAGUCAGAUCAAGCGAGAUGAAGUGGGAAGAGAAGAAUGGGGUUGAUCCAAGGUGUCAUUCCAAAGAUUUGUCGAGGAACAACUCGUUUGAAGUCUACUAUGGAGGUGCACCAGUUGGUGUUCCUUUCAGGUGGGAAUCUUGCCCGGGGACACCGAGAGUCAAGUCUAGGGAAACUCGGCUUCCUCCCCUCACGCCUCCGCCUUCGUUCAUGUCAAGUCCUGCAAGGAAAGACGCUGCGAAAAAGCAAAGAAAGGUUAACCUUUUACACGGCCUUCUCCCCAAACUCACUGUCAAGAAAAGCCAUCUGCAGCUCCAGUCACUGCCAGCUUCAUCAUCGCCAUCGUCUUCCUCUUCAUCAUCAUCAUCAUCAUCAUCAUCUCCCUGGUCUCGUUCAUCACAUUCAGCUCCGGGCUCACCUUCUGCUAGAUUUCCCAACACGAGGCCAUCACCCGAUUCAAGGGCAGAUGAUGACAAUGAUGGUAACUAUGAGUCGUCUGUUUCAAGUCCAUGUUUCUGCAUUGGUCGAACCCCAAAAGCUAGAUCCCGCGGAUUGUCAUCAAAUAUGCUCAAGCUUUUGUUCAGAGAAUAUGCAUGAAUAGUGUGGUGCCACCAUGUUUACUCUCUUAAUUAGUCUUAAUUUUGUCAACAUCUGUAUGAUCAUGAAACAUAGAAAGAGAAUUUGCAGUAUAAAUACAGCCCCUGGUUGCUCAAUUUCCUGUUUCAUGUUGUAAUAACUCUUAGUUGUAUUUCAUAAAUAAUGGAAGAAAAAACCAUUGUUAAAUCAAA